AUGGGAAGAAAAUCCGCUCGAAACGGCCGAUGGAUCGAAUCGAUAGACUCCGCGACGGGAGCGAUACACCAUCGCCUCCGUAUCACACGACUCCAAGUGAUUCUACGUAUCGAUCCUCCUCCCCCGUCACAAACCAGCGAGUCUAGUCAAGGUUCGGCGCCAGAGCCAGCGCAGAACAAUACACUUCCGAUCUCGUAUAGCAGAACAUACAGCCCAGAUGAGUUGGCUGAAGAGGCAGUUGAUGACCUGUUGCGCCAUGGUCCUAUUGCGCAGCCAAGACGUGUGAGUCGAAUGCACGAUGCACGAGGUGACAUCGGGCAUACAAGACUGUAUCGACAAUCAAACAUUGGCAUUGACCAAACUGAACGUGGAGACAUUCCGUCAGUGCCUCUUGUUUCUACAGGCACUCAGACAGGAUUGGAAACAGAUGAAUAUCGGGAGAGAGAUGCUAACGCGCCACCUCCAUCGUCCAUGAACACAAACAAUGCAUCGCAGCAGUCUCAACAAAGUGCCAACAAGGAAUACGAACCCAUGCACGCACGCGAAUCACUCGAGUACAGAGAGAAAUCGCCCAGCCCAACCUGCCAAAUCCCACGAUCUGCUUCACCCGACCCCCAGCCCAACAUCAAUGUAACCUUCAGCUACGACGCCCUCCCAGGGCUGAACUUCACCCUACCAUACAGCGAAGAGAUAUUCUCGUUCUCCCGCGAGCGAUUAUUCCAGGAGUUAUGCUGGCAGCACGAAUUCGAAUGGCUGUUGAUCUGCCUCCAAGCCCCUGGGGUUCUUUAUCCUGAAUACAUACCAAAGGCCGAUGGGAGGGGGUUUCGAAAGGUAAUGGCUAGGUUUGAGCAGAUAGUUGAUGCGAUGAAACGUGAUUAUGCUGAGGUACAGAGAGAUGCUGUGAUUGAGAUUGCUUUUGUGCCUGUGUGUAAGGGGCAUUCGAAAACUGUGAUGAUGGAAGCUUGGUUGAAGCGGAUGGCUGAAUCGCGUGGCGCUGUGUUUUGA